AUGGCCAGCGGCGUCAAGCGAUCGCUCUUCAGCAAGCCCGCGUGGGCCGCGGCUUCGUCAACGGGCACAAAGUCAGACCCCAGCAAGGAGGACGGUUCGAUCUUCGGCCGCAAUGUCGCCUACGACGAAAUCGUGCGGGCACAAAAAGCAGAACGGGAGCGAAAGGUUGCAAGAGCAAAGGCACGAAGUGAGAGGGAGAGGCAGAAGAGCAAGGAAGGGAGCGAGGGUCCUGAGUGGAAGAGGCGGAGAAUCUCGACAGAGCUGGAGGACGAUGACUCGGACAGCAAUGGACGCAAGAAGAAGAGUCGAGAUCGAGACAAGCCUGUAAAGAGGAGUAACCCGUCAAAAGAGAAACCGCAUGCAGACGAACGGGAUGCUUCGUCGCACGGUCCGCAUUCGCGUCGUAAAAAAAGUGGAAAAGCCACCGUUGUUAAUCUGGAUCGAGAUGAGGGCGGGGAGGACGACGAGUUAAUCAUGUUCACGCCUCCGAACCCGCAGGGGAAGAAGAAGAGGACGUCCAACGCGAAGGACGGCCUUGACGAUGAACAGACGUCGUCUUCUGACGACGAAUACCUCCGCCAGUUGAAGCAAAAGGCGCGCGAAAAGGCUCGACGACAGCGCGAUCGUGAUCGAGAUGAUGCUCAAGAUAAUGCCAUAAGACCGCAUACGCCCGGUAGUCGAGGAAACUCAGCAGCGUUUGAACACAACUAUGGACGCUCCUCGUCCGUUCCCCAAGAUCAUUCGCGGCCCGCCUCCACAACUCCCAGUUCUGCUGCGUCUUUCAAUACCCCGAAACAAGCACAAGCACCCGCCCCUGCCUCUGCGUCGGUGCAAGAAGAAGACCCGGAGGUCAAGAUCCUCAUCACUUCCGAAAUCAGCGGCACGAAGCCUCUAAUCGUGAAGCGUAGGACGUCGCAGUCCCUCAAGCAAGUCAAAGAAUUCUGGUGUCGCAAAUUCGACCUCGAUGAGAGCCUGACACGGCAGGUCUUCUUCACCUGGAACGGCACGCGAUUAUUCGAUUCGACAACCAUGAAAGGGAUCCUUCGAAAUUUGAAGAUGGAAGCCUGGCAGAAAGGCAGGACCAAGUACGGUAAUCUAGAUGCUGAUGAAGGGACAAACGGAAAUGGAGACGGAAACGACUUUGACGAAAAGAGCGCCAAAGAUCCAAGUAAUGGGAAUAUCGUGAUCGAGGCGAUGACGCAGGACAUGUACGACCGCAGACAACAAAGACAGCAGGACGGCACCGCCGAGCCGGACCAGCACGACCAAGACCAAGACCAAGACCAACAAGCCGAAGAGCAAGCUCCGACUCUACCUGACAAGGACGCCGGGGCGAUUAUAAUCCGCCUGGUCUCUAACAACAAAGAUCUCGAGCCCAUGCAACUGCGCGUGCGGCCGCAUACGACUAUCGGGAAGAUCAUGCGCGGGUAUGCAGCGACGAGAGGCAUCGAGGAGGGGAAGACUCCAUGGUUGAUCUUUGAUGGAGAGCGGUUGGAGCCCGAGAUGACGGUUGAGGAGGUCGGGUUUGAGGAUGAGGAGCAGGUUGAGGUCAGUGUCCGCUAA